AUGGAGCCCGGAGUCACGUUUGCAACUCCAGUCCCCAUCCCGGUCGCAGCCAUUGGGUUCCGACAGAUCCAUCGUGCGGCCAUGGGGAUGUGCGCCUUUGCGGGGCAGGAGGAAGGGGCGAGCAGCCCAGGCCCCGGCACAGGGCGAGGAACAGCUGGAGCAGCCGCAAGCAAAGGCAAACAGUACCCGGUGAUGAAGAUCGAGGAGAACAGCCACAAGCCCAACGAUUUCUCAAGGAAGCUGCUGAAGGAAAUCGGAGGCGUGUCGCGACUACUGGAGAUGACGACUUGCUUCUACACCAAGGUCUUCGCGAAUCCGCACUUGGAGCCCUUCUUCGCCUCGACAGAGGUGAGCCAUCAUGCACCACGGCUGGCGAACUGGGUAGCCGAGAAGAUGGGUGCCCCGGAGCAGCCAUGGACAAGGGAGCGAGGUAGCCGCAAGCAGAAAGAGGCAACUCUGAAGCAGCAGAUCAUGUAUCCGAACCACAAGGGUGCUCUGGAGCUGGAGGACUUCUUGGUCCACGACCGCUCCUCUGCACACUUUGCGGGGUGGCACUGCCCCAAGCGAGCAGGCUGCCCCAUGCACCAGGUCGGCGACCACUUCAAGCUCGACGACAGCCGGGUAUGGAUGCGGCUCCACUUCUGGGCCUGUCGUGAGGUUGGUUUAUUCGGGCCGUCGGGCGGCGAGAGGACCAAGCUACAAGUCGAGUUUGAGAACUUCUACACUCGCUUCAUUGGCCACUUCGUGCGGAUCUAUGAGCGCAGUGCUCCCGCCUUCGCACGCCUGGAGUGCAGCUGGAGCGACGAGUCGACACCGGAUGGCAAGGCCAAUGUGGAGCGCUACCGAGCCUUGCAGCGCGAGACUCCGGACUACAUGGAGAAGAGGUUGCAUGGCAUGGACGACGUGAUCGGACUUCGAGAUCCUGCAGAGGCCCGAAGACGUGCCGCCGAGAUCCGAGAUGAUGGCUGGCCGUACUCUGACGAUGGAAUGUUUGUGCCCGAGGAAUAG